UUUGCCCCCAUCUAGUUCACAGCGUGCGCUGCAAAGUUUGGUGAAACAAGCGUUUAUAUGAGUGUGAAAGCGGUUGAACUGUGGACAACUGAAUUACUGACCAAACGUAAUGUUGUACUCGUAACGUGGAAGCAUGCGCAAAGGUAACGUUAUUUAGCCAACACAUUCGGCUCCCAGUUUCCCAUUUACGGAGGCGAUAACUUGCCAAAUACAGAACGACAUCUGUCCUUCCUAUUGAGUGUUACCGCCAGUUCUUUCAGAGCGGCGAAGGCUCGUUUUCUCGCCAUAGAACUUCAUUUCAGGCGAAUGCCAACGUCAGCCAUCACACAAGCGAAAGCGGUCAGCUCGACGACAACGGAUGAGUUCAAGUCGGCGUUUAGCUGGGAGGGGGAGGGGGAGUGGAACGGCCUCACACACAGCGACAGCGAGCCAACCAGACAGAGAGAGCGACACGGCAGCAAAUCGGAGCUUUUUGUGUGCCGACAAUGCCUCAGAGCACAAGUGGACAUGGACUUAACAGUUCUGCACAACAUGUUGGAACCCAUGCACACAGCAUAGCAGUCCAAUCCCAGGCUCCUGCAGUGGUCCAAGGUCACGGGCACCCAACUGCGCCCAUGACUUCAGCACAAGGACAGCAGCAGUUUCAGCGACUGAAGGUUGAAGAUGCUUUGUCGUAUCUCGAUCAAGUGAAGCUUCAGUUUGGAAAUCAGCCUCAAGUUUAUAAUGAUUUCCUGGAUAUUAUGAAAGAAUUCAAGUCACAGAGCAUAGACACUCCAGGUGUUAUCAGUCGUGUAUCCCAACUCUUCAAGGGCCACCCAGAUCUCAUUAUGGGCUUCAAUACUUUCUUGCCACCCGGAUAUAAAAUUGAGGUUCAAACCAACGAUCUGGUCAACGUGACGACGCCAGGCCAGAUUCACUACAUCACGCCUCAUGGUAUAGCUGUACAAAAUAUCCCUGUAAGUGGAACACCCAGCCAGCCCGGAAACCAGCAUCAGCACCAGACGGUGCCACAGGCCAGUCCACACACCACUACUGUCACCCCACCUGUCCCCACCCAGCCUGCAGCAAAUAAAGUCAACAAGGCCAUGCAGUCUCCAGCCCACACGCCCACCAGCCAGCCAAACCCGUCCAUCCCAACUUACUCCUCACCGCGCUCACCUUCAGUUCAGUCCCACACACCAGUCAGCAGCACACCGACUGGUGGGCCGCCUCCACAGAACAAUCAGCCAGUGGAAUUCAACCACGCCAUAAACUAUGUGAACAAGAUUAAGAAUCGCUUCCAGGGUCAGCCAGACAUCUACAAAGCCUUCCUGGAAAUCCUGCAUACAUACCAGAAAGAGCAACGGAAUGCCAAGGAGGCAGGAGGCAAUUACACUCCAGCUCUAACUGAGCAGGAAGUCUACACUCAAGUGGCACGGCUCUUCAAGAACCAGGAAGACCUCCUAUCAGAAUUUGGACAGUUCCUGCCUGAUGCAAACAGCUCAAUGCUGCUCGGGAAAACUGCACCUGACAGGGCAGAGUCUGUGCGUAAUGACCAUGGCGGUACAGUCAAACGACCCCUACCAAACAACAAACAGAAAUUAAGCCACAAUGGGCUAACUGUCAAAAGGCCUGGAGCUGUGGGAGUUUCACCACUUGUUAAGAAGAAACCCAAAAUAGUUGGGAAGGACCACGGCCUAAGUGAACUCGGAAAGCAGAGCAACAGCACUGAAACCAUGUUCUUUGAUAAGGUCAAGAAAGCUCUCAGGAGUUCAGAGGCAUACGAAAGCUUCCUGCGUUGUUUACACAUCUUCAACCAGGAAGUGAUUUCACGUGCUGAAUUGGUUCAGUUAGUCAUCCCGUUUCUAGGAAAAUUCCCAGAACUUUUUACAUGGUUUAAAAACUUCCUGGGCUACCGAGAGUCCAGCCAUGGGGAAUUGAGCCAUGCCGAGAGUUUGCCGAAAGAGCGAGCAACAGAGGGCAUCGCCAUGGAGAUUGACUAUGCGUCCUGCAAGAGGCUAGGCUCCAGCUACAGGGCACUCCCUAAGAGCUACCAGCAGCCUAAAUGCACAGGAAGGACGCCACUUUGUCGAGAGGUUCUGAAUGACACAUGGGUGUCUUUUCCAUCAUGGUCUGAGGAUUCGACUUUUGUAAGCUCCAAGAAGACUCAGUAUGAAGAGCACAUUUACAGAUGUGAAGAUGAGCGUUUUGAGCUUGAUGUUGUGUUGGAGACCAAUCUUGCCACGAUUCGAGCUCUCGAAUCAGUCCAACAGAGGCUUUCGCGAAUGUCUGCAGAGGAGCAGCUGCGCUUCAAGCUGGACAACACAUUGGGGGGGUCCUCAGAAGUAAUUCACCGCAAAGCUAUUCAGAGGAUAUACGGGGACCGCGCCCACGACAUCAUUGACGGUCUCAAGAAAAACCCAACUGUGUGUGUCCCCAUAGUGCUAAAAAGGUUAAAGAUCAAAGAGGAAGAGUGGAGAGAAGCCCAGAGAGGCUUCAACAAAAUUUGGCGUGAACAGAAUGAAAAGUAUUAUCUGAAGUCACUCGACCACCAAGGCAUCAACUUCAAACAGAAUGACACCAAAGUGUUUCGCUCCAAGACCCUUCUCACUGAAAUUGAAAUGCUGUAUGAUGAGCGGCAAGAACGUGUCUCAGAGGACCCUGCCAUUGCCCCUCCGAGCGGCCCACACAUAAACCUGGCCUACGAAGACAGUCAGAUCCUCGAGGAUGCGGCGGCCCUCAUUAUUUAUCACGUAAAGCGACAAGUGGGCAUCCAGAAAGAUGACAAAUACAAGAUCAAACAGAUCAUACACCACUUCAUCCCCGAUCUCCUUUUCGCCCGGCGAGGUGAGCUCUCCGAUGUGGAGGAGGACGAAGAGGAGGAGGAUGUGGAGGAUAUGGAUGCAGAGCCAGAUGGCGCCAAAAAGCACAAUGGCCUGCCGGGCAGCAGCCCAUCAAAGUCCAAGCUCCUUUUCAGCAACACGGCCGCUCAGAAGUUGCGCGCCACAGAUGAGGCGUAUAACUUGUUCUUUGUGAACAACUACUGGUACAUCUUCUUGCGCCUUCAUCACAUUCUCUGCUCUCGCUUACUGCGAAUCUAUGGGCAGGCUGAGAAGCAGAUUGAGGAGGAUGCUCGCGAGAGAGAAUGGGAAAAGGAAAUGUUUGGGCUCCAAAAAGAAAAGAAUGAGAAUACAGCCUUCCAGCUUAAGAUGAGGGAACCUAUGGACGUUGAAGUAGAGGAUUACUAUUCUGUCUUUCUGGAAAUGGUGCGGAGCCUUUUGGAUGGUAACAUGGAACCAGCUCAGUAUGAGGAUUCCUUGAGGGAAAUGUUUACUAUCCAUGCUUACAUUGCCUUCACCAUGGACAAACUCAUCCAGAGCAUUGUCCGGCAGCUCCAACACCUCGUCACUGAUGAUGCAUGCGCACGGGUGAUGGACUUGUACCUGAGCGAAGUUGCCAAUAAAGCCACAGGUGGUUCCCUGCCCACUCAAGCAUCCCGUGCCACAGCAGAGGGCACCUAUCAGCGCAAAUCAGAGCAGCUCAUGUCUGAAGAGAACUGCUUCAAGUUGAUGUUUAUGAAGAAUCAAGACUCUGUUUGUGUGGCCAUGGAGCUGCUGGACACAGAAGAGGAGAACUCUGACGAGCCUGCAGAGAGGUGGUCGGACUAUGUGGGCAGAUACCUGAACUCAGAUUCAACUUCUGCAGAGCUGCGUGAGCAUUUGACCCAGAAACCGGUAUUCCUGCCCAGGAACCUGCGAAGAAUAAGGAAGUGCCAGAGAGGAUGGGAACGGCUACAACAGGAGAGGAUGACUACGGGCACCUCGGAUGAGGGGCAAGAUGACAAGAGCAAACUGAAGAUGGAGUGCAUGUUCAAGCUCAACUCCUACAAGAUGGUCUAUGUCUGCAAGUCAGAGGACUUCAUGUACAGGCACACUGCUCUGAGACGAGCUCAUGAGGCAAGUUCCACACACAGACACACACACACACACACACACACACACACCCACACACAGAGUUUCUUCUUGCGUGUUGCUCUGCUGCUGAAGCAGAAACUUCACCUUGGCAAUUUAUCAGUCCAUUCAUUUUCUAUCCUGCGGAUUUUUUUUUUUAAUGGGUGUAUCCUCCAGUCCCACAAGCGGGUCCACAGACGCCUGCACAGACGUUUUCAGGCCCGGUUGGACACCUGGGCCACGGAGCACGUGACAAGCGACAUGGCCGCCGACUGCCGGAAGUGGCUGAUGGGAGAGGGACAAGAAAGCUUGCUGCCCUGCAGUACCACGUGCAACCCAGAGGUCCUGCAUUAUCUCACUGUUAACAAGUAUCGAGUCAAGUACAGAACAUAGUAGGCAAUGAUCGUAUCAGCGACCGCACGGUAGGACUGUCUGUGGACAUCGAAUGAAACUUCAUUCUUCACCCGCCUAUUCUUUUGCCAACUUUUGGCCAUUCUUUUCGUCACUUAAUGCAGGUAAAUUUCAUACUUUUCCAUGAUAGAAAAUCUGUUUUUUUUAAAAAAAAAAACUUUUUUCAGGUCAGUCUGUGUAAGAAGUUUUCUUUGCCACGGGCAAAUCCCUCCUAACUUCUUGUAAAUGGAUUUCCAGUAGCUUGGCAUCUCUCUACAAGAAAAACUGAAGCUUGUCUUACUAACGUCUUUGGGUCACGACAAAAAUGUUGAUUGCAGCUGUAAAAGCGGGCAGCUUGUGAAUCUUUCCCUUGCUGGUAAAGGUGCACUCGUGCACGCUGGAGUCCACAGCUCUGCUAAGUUCAUUCAAUCAGGACUAGCCAACCACUUUUUGUAAAUGAUAUCCAUUAGUUGUCAUCCUUGAUGUGUAGUGCACUGUACGACACAGUGGCGAUAUUUAGCUCGAUGCAGCUAAAUGCAAAAUGUAAAGUUUUUUUGCUCUGUGUGUGUGUGUGUGUAAUUACUACAAUUGGUGGGGGGGACCUGUUGUCAGCCUUUAUUUACACCAUUAAUUUUAUAUGACCUUCAAGACUAAACCGUCUAUACCUUUAAACCGUCUUUGGCAUCGCUAUGACUUAAGGUUUUAAAACGACUGACUGUAGCCAAACAGCAUUUUGUGCUUGUGUGCACAGUGUCCGUCUGUUUUUUUUUUCCCCCCCCCGAGUGUCCAGUUCUCAAGACUGAAAUGAACCAACAACGGCUCGCUCUUUGUAUUUACGUUUGUCCAAAUGACCCGUAUCUGUGCGACAGAUGCGAUGCAUACGAAUGUGUGUAUUUUCCCCAUGUUCAGUGUCGAUGCCUCCUCUCACAAGUGUAUAUAGUAGUUCUCUCCGUGAAUGUCAGCCAUGUACAGUAUUUGGGUCAGCUAAACCAGUCAGCAAUACUUCUAUCCCACUGUGAAUGUUAAUGGUUGUAAAACAUUGUCUGCCCCACCCCCUCCAAAGCUCAUCCUAAAGUGCAAAUAUUGAUUUUGAAAUUGUAGCUCACUCGGGAUCAUAUGAGAGCAGUACGCUUUUAUUGAUAAUGCCCCGAAGCUUUAAACCAGUAGAAUUCAACCCGUGACUCCAACUUCCAUGUGUCACAUGCAGACACUGUACACAUGCAAAUACAGUACUGAAUAAACCAGAACUUUACGUACACUAUAUAAAAAGACACCAAUGCUUUUUUAUGUCAUUGUGUGACAUGAAAUCAUACGAAACGUUUCCUGUUCCCGGUAAUAUUAGCAUUCCCCAAAUAAUUUCAAUUUGCCGAAUGCCAGAAAAAUGAGAGAAGGAUAGUUACUCGAUUUUUUUUUUUUCCUCAUUACUUCAAAGUCAGACAUUUUCAUACUGUACUGUGCGUGACUUGGUUCAAACAUUUUGGAUAUCCUCCUACAAGCUUCUUACAAUAGUCGACAGGAAUCGUGUAUCCUAUCUCCUGACAGAAUUGGUGUAACUGAGUCGACUUGGUCAGCCAGCUUGCUCGCAUGUGCCUUUUCAGUGCUGUCCAUUUUUCCGCAGUAGGAUUGAGAUCAUCUCAUGGAUUUUAUUAUCCUUUAAAAUACCUUGAAAUCAGUUUGGCGGCGUGCUUUGGGUCAUUGUCCGUUUGGAAGAUGCAUUUGUGCCAGAGCUUCAACUUCCCGGCUGAUGUCUUGAGAUCGUGCUUCAGUAUUUCCGCAUCGUUUUAAGUGCACGAGUCGCUCCUGCAGCAAAACACAUGCUACUGCCACCCUCCAUGUUUCAGUUGGGCUGGUGUUCUCAGGCUUGCACGCUUAUCAAUGCUCUUUAUGGCCAAAGAGCUCAAUUUUAUGUUUUGUCACACCACCAAAAUUGAAGGUCUUUGUCCCUGUAUACAUUUGAUUGUCUUUCAUCUGUCAUUUUAAUGUUGCUUUUGGAGAAAUGGCUUCAUCUUGACACCCUCUUAUUAGCUUGAGCCAGCAUCUACACAAGGUCGCUUGCUUUAGAAUUUGGGUUUGGACAUUUUGGACCAAAAGCACGUUUAUCUCUUGGUUACAGAACCCAUCUCCUUUUCUGAGCGGUAUGAUGGCUGGACAUUCCCAUGGUGUUUCACUUCGGCAUAAUUCCUUCGGCAACACAUUAACAAAUUCAACCUUCAGACUUCUGGACCAGUCCAUAAUUCUCUUCCCGACAAUUUGGCAGAUUUCCUUUAACUUUCGCAUGAUGUUACACAAAGCAGGUGUGUUUCAUGUGCGUCUUCAAAUGUAGUUGCUGUCCGGCGGAAUCCUCGUAAUUGCAAAAACAUCGCUUUUUAUGAUUUCUAAAAAUAACACCUACACCUGGGGAUUAACUAAUAGUAUAGAUUUGUGAGCCAAAAACAAAAAUCAAAACAAAACAAAAAAAAAUGUUUCCAAAUUGUAACAUAGUAGGUUUUGGCCCAAUAUCAGCUAUUUAUUGAUGGAUUCGAGGUGUGAUCAAAUCAACUCAAAUGUUGUCAAUAAACCUAACAGAAGCCUCCAUCGCCUUAUUCUAAAAUUACUGUAUGUGCCCUUCUCCACUUUGAAGAAAGUAUUGGAAAAAAAUCCAUCCCUCAUUAUUCUCGCAUUUAGCGAAUUGAAAUCAUUUUGUGACUCUCCAUUUACCUAGAACAGGAAAAUUUUAGUCAGAUUUUAUGACAGACAUUGACGACAAAAAUGUGUCUCUCUUUAUAUAGUGGAUGUGAACUACUUCUUUCAACUAUUAGUCGAUACAUUUUCCAUAGAGGAGGGAUUACUAGACUAGCAAACGCAGCAAUGUUUGACACAGAAGAAAAGAUUUGCAACAUUGCGGGGGGGGGGGGGGGGGUUGGCUUUCUAAAUUGGCUUUUUAAAGUAAUGAUUACUGAACCAGCUACACAGACAAUCUUGGAGUUUGGUUUUUAUUUUUGUAUUCACUAUGUUCAUUUUGAAUGGAAUAUGCCACGUGGUUCCAAGGAGCUGAUUGUAUACAAAUUCAUUGUUUUAUCUUCUUUUACUGUGUCUGUUCUCUUCUCUUCUUGUAUAUGUAUGUGUUAGUCUGGUGUUUGCUAUUAAACUAUCCUUUAUAGACAGAAA